AACAUUCCGAUAGCGAUGUCCAGUGUUGUGGAAACCUAUUAUACCGCUGCGUUAUGGCAUUUUUCGUACCUCUACUAGUCGUAUGGCUCGGAUUAGUAUCCGGCAGCUUGUCGCAGGACGAUGCAAAUGCAUCCAACAGACAGGCGAAUUCAUUGCCAGCCGCUCCAACCUGUGAUCCACUUUACAAAUACCGCAGCUUCGACGGAACGUGCAACAAUCUAAACAACCCGCGUUUCGGACAAGCUGGCACCAAUUUCCAGCGUUUGAUGGGCCCCGCAAAUUACGCCGACGGUGUUUCGGCGAUUCGUUUGUCUCGAUCGGGCGCCGCUUUGCCAAGUACUCGCUUGGUUUCGACCACCGUCACUCUGAACAACAGUAUUCCCAGUUACGAUGCUUCUUUAAUUGCAAUGCAGUGGGGCCAGUUCAUUGAUCACGAUUUGACGCAGACACCCCAAUUCCGGAUCAGUGGAGGAUGCUGUGGUGGAAGCCAAUUUGGUAAUACCUCAACCAAUCUAAACACUGAGUGUUUGCAGAUCCCAAUCCCAAGCGACGAUCCCGUUUACAGUAACGUCAAUUGCAUGAAUAUGGUUCGUUCAAACUACGGACUGAAUCUCGAUGGCACUACACCUACUGCCAGACAACAGGUCAACGCUUUGACUCACUGGAUCGACGGGUCUAUGAUUUACGGGAAUAGCUACGCCACUGCUCAAUCGUUGCGCGAUACAAGCUCGGGAAAAGGUCUCUUGGCAUUUUCCACCCAGAAUGGCCGAGUUCUAUUGCCGACGUCACCAAGCACAUGCGCCGAUUGCUUUGUAGCAGGUGACAACAGAGCUCGUGAACAGCCAUUGCUUACAAUUAUGCAGACCUUGUGGCUUCGCGAACAUAAUCGAGUCGCUAAUAAACUUUACGACAAAUUUGGAGCAACCAAAACGGACGAGUUCUAUUACCAAGAAGCCCGUCGCAUCGUCAUUGCCGAGUUCCAGCACAUCACUUACACCGAGUACCUCCCAGCUAUUCUAGGCCCCGAAAUUAAGGUGCCACCUUUCGAUACUAAAUCCAAUCCGGCGAUUUUCAACGAAUUUGCCGCUGCUGCCUUUCGCAUGGGUCACUCUCAAUUGAGUAGUUUUAUCAAACUUUUGGAAGCCGAUGGUAGUGAAAGCAGUCAGAGUUUCUUUCUUGGAAAUUCAUUCAUUACCGGUGCUUUCCGCCUCCUCAAUGCCAACUUUAUUGACAACGCUCUACGGGGCCAAUUGUUCACUCCGGCCCAAGCGGUGGAUCAGUGUUUUGCUGACGACGUAACUAGUCAACUUUUCAGGACAACAUCUGCUCUCGGCGCUGAUUUAGUGGCAACCAACAUGCAACGUGGGCGAGAUCACGGACUUCCACCUUAUGUUAGAGCGCGACAGAUUGCCUUGGAAGCUUACGCUUCCAUCUUUCCAACACCUCCACCCCCUCCGCCCGUUACCUUUGAUGAUUUGAGUUUCACUCAUUCACCAGAAGUUAUAGACAGUUUCAAACGAGUGUACGCAUCAGUGGGGGAUAUUGAUUUGUACAUCGGGGGAGUAACAGAGAGGCCUUUGCCCGGCGCCGCUGUCGGACCCACCUUCCAUUACAUCAUCGGUCAGCAGUUUGACAAUCUGAGACGAACGGAUCGCUUCUUCUACAAUGAUCUUUCAAAAUCGGUGUCCUUCAACUCGCGUCAAUUGGGAGAAAUCAAGAAAGUGAGUUUAGCUCGCCUCAUCUGCGACAACAGCGAUGGAACUAUUACGCAAAUUCAACCGCGAGCUUUCCGAUUGCCAUCAAACAAUAACAUGCCCGUCCCGUGUGCCAAGAUAUCGAAAAUCGAUUUCAACAAUUGCUAGAAUUUUAAGAAGAAGACCUUUCAAAUGAAAAUCAUUCAACAACUUUUGAAGCUAAAUAUUUAACUAAUCAAAAAUUUCGACUUCUUUAAGUUUCUAAUGGGAAAUAAUUGUUUGUAAUUGUUUUUACUUCGUAACAUGUUAUGGAGUUGAUUCAAUCAAAACAAACCAGAAUGAAUUUAU